GGGCCGCGCCCCUUCCGGCGGGCGCUGCCGGAACCAGCGCGGGGGGGGCGGCCGGGCCCGGGACGCCGAUUGCCCUCUUGCCUGGCGCCGCCGCUGCCCGCCGCCGGUCACCCGUCCCCUUCCCUCAUGGCGGUGGAGCGCCCGCUCCGGCCUCCCCCUCCCCCCUCUCCUCCUCUUUGUCCGCGCGCGGCGGCGGCGGUGCCGCUCCCGGCGGGGAUGUGAGGGGCGGUGAGCGCAGAAACCUAACAUUGAAAUACUUAAGAAGUGAAUGCCUCUGGAUUUUGGAACAAAAUUGUGAGUUUAUAUGGAAGAAAUGCUGUGGCUGUUCUCAAACUCUCUUACAAACUGAUUUCAAUGUUUCAGUGUUGCGUCAUCUUGUGUUGAGUAACAGAAGUUCUGCUGUUCAUUGAUCAAUGUGACAGUCUUUAGUAGUUUACGAGAUGAGCCAAACUCGUGGGAAAUAUGACUUCUGUAUUGGUCUCGUGUUGGCUAUGAGUUCCAGCAUUUUCAUUGGAGGAAGUUUCAUCCUGAAAAAGAAAGGCCUUCUCCGGUUAGCUAGGAAAGGCUCCAUGAGAGCAGGUCAAGGGGGUCAUGCAUACCUUAAGGAGUGGCUGUGGUGGGCUGGACUUCUUUCAAUGGGAGCUGGCGAAGUAGCUAACUUUGCUGCCUAUGCUUUUGCACCAGCUACGUUAGUGACUCCUUUAGGAGCUCUCAGUGUUCUUGUAAGUGCCAUUCUGUCAUCCUUCUUUUUAAAUGAAAAACUUAAUCUACAUGGAAAAAUAGGGUGUUUGCUAAGUAUACUGGGAUCAACUGUGAUGGUAAUUCACGCUCCACAAGAGGAGGAAGUAGAAACUUUGAAUGAAAUGUCCCACAAACUAGGUGAUCCAGGUUUUGUGGUCUUCGCAACUCUUGUUGUCAUUGUGUCUUUAAUUCUAAUAUUUGUGGUGGGACCUCGCCAUGGACAGACCAACAUUCUCGUGUACAUAACAAUUUGCUCUGUAAUUGGAGCAUUAUCGGUCUCCUGUGUAAAAGGUUUGGGCAUCGCUAUAAAGGAACUUUUUGCAGGAAAACCAGUGCUGAAACAUCCCUUGUCUUGGAUUCUGCUGCUAAGCCUUAUUGUCUGUGUGAGCACGCAGAUCAACUAUUUAAACAGGGCUCUGGAUAUAUUCAACACUUCGAUAGUGACUCCAAUAUACUAUGUAAUCUUUACGACAUCCGUUUUAACUUGUUCUGCCAUCCUUUUCAAGGAAUGGCAACAUAUGGCAGCCGAUGACAUUAUUGGCACCUUCAGUGGCUUCCUGACGAUUAUUGUGGGGAUCUUUUUAUUGCAUGCCUUCAAAGAUGUUAAUUUCACCCUAGCAAAUCUGCCCCUCUCUUUGCGGAAAGAUGAGAGAGCAGCGAAUGGCACUUUGCUGAGCACAUACGACUGCUUUAAUCAUGACGAAGAGAGUUCUGCCUGUCUGGGUGAAAUACAAUCCACUGAGAGCCUCUCAGCCAGGAGAAACGGAAGUCUGUCAGCCUUCUGAAAAUAUCUACGUGUUACUUAAGAAAAGACGAUUCUGUAACUCUGGAAUUUAUUUUUUUUCUGCUGUGAAAUGUCUGAGCUUGUCUGGAAACUCAUGUACUUUUUAACAGUAUGUGUAGACAAUCGUUAAUUUUUAUGUUCAAUUAGUUUGGAUAAAGAACACUGAAGGGGUUUUUAUUUGCCUUAUUUUUACUUUAAAAAAAUACUAAAAUGACCUCAGACCACAGUUGGUUUUGUUGCUUAAGUUAUGUGUAAAUACUUUCAUUUCAUUCUUCUGGUUUAAGAUGUAUUGCACUAAUGACAAUUUUAUCAAAAAUAAAUCGCUUUAUUUCUGCAUUGGUGGUAAAAAGAUUGCAGUGAACCUGGAUCCUUUGUACUUGUGCCCUGGCUGAACGGAGUGACCGUAAAUGGCAGGAGCUGCAGUAAGUGCGUGCUCUUGUCCCAGUUUGGAAAAGAGAAAAGGGAAAGCUACAACCAAGGCAGGCUAAAGCUGCUGCUCAACUACAGCUGUAUGUUAAACUUCAACCUCUGCAGGAUUUACAUCAAAAAAACCCCCAACCGUACCAAAUCAGAGUAACUGGCUGGCAGCAACAAAGCAGGAGCUUCUCUGCUUGGGUAGGUGAGACGGGAGUUCCUGCAGUGCCAGUUUAUGCAGGAGGAAGAAUUUGAGUUGUUAACAGCAGCAAAAAAGCUGUUCCCUCUUUUGUAAGAGAGGCCGGGUCCGGUCUGUUUGCUGCCCUGCCCUGGCUCUGUAGCUGCUCCCUGCUUUUCCGGGUACAGCCUGAACACACAGAAUUGCAGUUUUGUUUGCGGGAACAUGGUUACUGGCUGUGACACUAAGCUUUUAAAAAAUGGCCAAAAAAUUAGAACAUAACAUUGUUGCUUAAAAAAGGGGUGAGGGAGGGGAGUGGUAAUUUAA